AUGCGAAUAUACUUCUUGACAUGCAGAGGGUUGCUCACGGCCAUUGCAGUGGCCACAGUCCUGUCAAUGAUGCACAUUGGCUACAAAGUGUACAGCGGACAGAGCAAGCUGCGGGUCGAGGACAUACACUGCCAGCAGGAGUUUUCAGAUGAUCCUGGACGUUCACCAGCUUAUGGAUACAACCAAACUACCCAGAGUCCUUCCAUUUUGCCUAAUCACUCAUCCGAGGUACGCCAUAUUGCGUUCUUGAAAGUCCACAAAUGUGCCAGUUCCACUAUGAUGAACAUAUUUUACAGAUUUGGAAAUAAAAGAAACCUGAAUUUUGUCCUCCCCUUCAAUGAUACCUAUGUGGAUUUGAGAGAUCAAAGGCAACGUCUAACAUUGAUCCCUCCUGUGACCUCAUCUGGCUACGACAUUCUGUGUAAUCAUCUCCAUCGUUACAACCAUCAACUCAUUGCUGGCUUUCUGCCGUCGGACACUGUGUAUUUUGCUAUUGUACGAGAACCUUUCCAAAGAAUGCACUCGGCAUUUAAUUUUUAUCGUAAUGUGUAUCAUUUUAAAGAAAUGAUGGAAAUCAAAGGACCGGAUCCUUUUGAAACCUACAUCAACGACCCCGGAGCGUAUGAACUCGGGGCAGGUGGUCUUUCUCAGACAAAUAAUAAGAUGGCCAGAGACUUUGGUUUUCCUUUACGGCACUACAAAAACAUUCCCAAAUUUAUGAAUCAUCUUAAACUACUUGACAAAGAGUUCGACCUUGUCAUUGUAGCCGAUAUGUUCUACGAAUCACUGGUGCUCAUGCGAAGAAUGUUGAAAUGGCCAAUGGAAGACAUUCUGUUCUUGAAAGUAAAUGCACACCCGCAUAAGUCUGUUACAAUGGAAAAUAUCCCUGACCAACUAAAACCAUACCUUGCUCUUGAUUAUAUUCUGUAUGAUCAUUUCCUGGCAAAAUUCAACAAACGUAUUGCUGCAGAAGGGCCAACGUUUAACGAUGAGGUGCAAUACUUUGAAAGCAUUAACACGAAGACCACAAACUUUUGUCAGAGCAAAACUGCGGACAAACAUUUAACAUUUCGCGCCAGCUUGCAUGUAUAA